AUGCCUACUCCAGGUUUAAACAUUCAAAAAGUGGUUGUCCCUCUAGAUCAUGCCUCACGUGAGAUUCCGAUGGAGGAAAAUGAAGAGGAAAUUGAGGAUGAGGACGAGGAUGAGGUGGUCGUGGGUGAAGGUAAUGUUCCCCCUCAUUUGAUAAUAAGGGAUGAUAAUGGGAAGGUUAUUAUACAAACUUGUGGUAGCGGGUUUGUUCCGGCCAAAGAAGUAGCAAAUGCCAUUAAUUAUGUGAUACACAAACAAUUUUAUAGGGGUUUCUAUAAUUGGACAACAAUUUCCGCUGAUGUCAAAGAAAAAUGGUUUGCUCUUUUUGCGGACAAGGUUUCACGGGAUCCUCAAUAUGAGAUGUUUGUCAGGAAAACCUUUUAUUCAAAGGCAACCAUUCGACUAAAUGACAUAAUGAGGAAGGUGAGGUUAAAAGGGACCCGUCCUUCAUGGAUUGGCGAGGAUGCCUGGAAUGAGCUUGAAACUUAUUGGAAGAGUGAUUCGUUCUUGAAAUUGUCCUCUCAAAACAAGGCCAAUCGAAGUUUAGCAAGAGGAGGAGCAGUCCACACCUCAGGUCGUAAGGCUCAUGUUGAUGUAGCGCUUGAGCUUACCUAA